CGCAUGCGUAUUCUUCUUACUUAUGGUAACGUCACGACCGAAAUAAACUUCGUCACAGGACGGGGAAGAAUUAAAAAUGGAGGAAGAAAUCACAGAAAAUUUUGAAAAUGUGUCACGUCCUAGUGAACCAUCACUCAAACGGCCAGAGUUUGCAGCAGUUGUUUUCCAGCGCAUUCCAGAGACUUAUCCUGCUGAUGCCCAUAUUGAGUGUCGCUACACCAUAACUCCUGAUAUAAUUCCAACAUCAAGAGACUGGGUUGGACUGUAUAAAGUCGGGUGGAUGACAACACGGGAUUAUUACUAUUAUGAAUGGGCACAGACACCAGCAGGGUAUGAAGCUGGAAAGGAACUGGAUGCCAGUAUUCUAUUUCCAGCUCAUAAGCUCCCAGGAGAGGAUGGGGAAUUCUAUCAGUUCUGUUAUGUCACCAGUUCUGGGCAGAUCAGAGGAGCCAGCACACCUUUCCAGUUCAAAAAUCCAAGUGCUGAUGACUUUGUGGAGUUGGAUGAUGAGGAAACAAACAUGUUGGUGAUUCGGUCUAAGACUAUGGUAUUGGAGGAGAACAUCCAAAAACUGCGAGAGGAGCAGGAGGCAAUGGUACUGACUCAACAGGAACUAGAAUGUGAGAGAGAUGGUCUCCUGUCUAGACUGUCAGAGAUGGAAAAACAACUACAGAGUCUAACAGAAGACAACAACAGACUACAGGACCAGGUGACAGCAGGAGAGAACUACAUCAAACAACUAAAUCAGGAGGCCAGAGACAUGAUGGUGGCCAGGGAAGCAUUACAGACCAAGCAUGAUACACUGUCGACUAAAACAAGUGAUGUUGAGUCCAAAUUGAAUGAAAAAGAUGAGGCCCUGAAAGGGUUACAGGUCAUUCUGAUGAAGAUGACAGGGGAGAAGGAUGAAUUAGCUGGAGAAAACAGGACCCUGAAGGAGCAAAUGGAACUUUACAAGAAUCACUUUACAACAUCAGAGAGUUCAGCACAGGAAUAUGGUCGUCAGAUUGAGGAAAUGAAAGUAGAACUCAGCAGAAAGGAGAGUCUGAUCACUGAACUGAAACAAGAGGUCAAGGACAAGAAGCAUCAACUGGGAGAGGUUCAGAAAAAGCUGGAGAGACAGACAGUCCUAUCCAGGGAAGACAAGGAUCAGAUGGACUCUUUGACAGAGAAAUUGCGCAAUACGGAAGAUAAACUUGAUGCUGCAGAAAAAGUCAAAAUUAUUCUCCAGGAGGAGAUCAGGUCAUAUGAGGAGAUGAACGCCAAGAUGUCUUCUGAUCUAGCAAGAUCAGUAGCAGAAAGUCAUGCCCUGAAACUACGACUGGCCCAGAUGGAGGAUGAGAUGAUGAGAGAGACAGAGUUACUGAGGGCAGAAGUGGUCUCCUCCCAACAGGACCUCAGUCAGGCCCUCCAGGAGAAGAACAAGCUCCAGGAGGAACUAGAGGAGAUGUAUCAGACAAGGGAGACAACGGAGAGCUCGCUAUCCUCCCUACACUGUCUCAAGCUCGCCCAGGCUAGCCUCAAGGAGCGAUACUCCAAGAUGGAACAUACCUACUCAGAAUUACAGACCGAGUUUUCAAAGAAAAAGAAGGAGAACUCGCACCAUGUUGGGGAACUGAAGAGAGAAAUUGAGGACCUGAAAGAACGACUCAAUAUGGCGGCUGAGGAAUAUAAAUCUCUGUACGUCGAGAAAAAGAAAUACCAGAAAACAGCCGAGAAAUUACAGAAAAGACUUGGAUCAGGUCGUACCAGAAAUUUUUCCCAUGGUUCCCUGCCUGAGGUGACCAGUGAGGUGCUGCAGACAAAGGAGGCGCCAGGAGACUGUUCUUCAGUGUCUGAUACCAAGGAAGAUACUGUUUCCCAGCUUCAGAGUGAACUAGAUGAUGUGUCUACAGAGCUUCAGAAAAGAAAUGAGAAAAAGAUAAAGUACAAGAAGAUGUACAAUGAAGAGAAGGAGAGGAUGGAGGUUCUGAGGAGACAUUUCCACGAUGAGUUGAGGAAGAAAGACGAGGAGAUUGACCAGCUCCGACGACGUCUACAGGAGGCGUCCACGGAAAACGACAUCAAAGUUCGCUCCCUCGAGAGUUUUUUGGUGAACAAAGACAACACUAUAGAGGAACUGAAUCGUAAAUUACGAGACAAUGUUAAACUGCAUGAUAGUCCAUCAGAGACACAGAUGAGGCCACCUUUCAAGUGCCCUCCAGGGGCCCCCUACCCUGUCUACAUGUAUGGCAAUCCCUACCCUGGGUCCUUACUAUACCCGGCCCCCAUAGUGUAUCCCCAGGUGUCACAAUGCCAGGGACCAGAUGGAAAACCUCUAGCUCCCCUUAAGUAUCCAGAUGCUUCUGCUCCAGUGUCCCAGUCUAAUCCCCAAAUGACCCCCCAGGAAAUGAAGCCCCUGAUUUACCCAGACCAUGUCAUAGUCAGACAACCAGCACCUGUAAAAUCAGUCAACCCAGACCAUCUCUCUGAUGAUCAACAGAGCGUGACCAAGGACCAGAAUGUCCCCCUGAAGCCACUACCACCCCCACUGGUCCCUGAGCGGCUUCCGUCGGCAAAACUCUCAGCAGUCAAAUCCUUCCUGAUGGAUGGAGAUUUCCCAGUGAGUGAGAUCAGUGUGAAUUUUGGCAGUAAUCACUUUAAAGUUUCCGAUGAGGGAGAGGAAUUUUUGGUUCCCUCAGCACCCCCUGCCCAUCACCAGGGGGAGGAAAGGUUUGAGGAUGCCAUUGGGGAGGCGAUGAAGAUUUGCCCAGUGUGCAAUGAUUCUUUUUCUGCUGACAUUGACCAAGCUAACUUUGAGGCCCACAUUUUAAGUCAUGUCCAGAAAAUCUGCCCAAUCUGUCACAACCUGAUAGAGGAAGUGGAUGAUAAUGGGUUCGAGUUCCACGUCAACCAACACCUAGAUAAGGAGCAGGCUAAGGAAUAAACACAGACUGUGUCUACAGAAGUAAUCAGUGAUGUUCUGUCCUGACUAAAAUAUGAUACAAGUAUUGAUUACAGAUUAAUAAAUGAUACAUAUUGUCAGUAAUACAUGUACACACACUGACGAACGAAUGUAUAUAGUAUUCUAAAGUUAUAUAAUGAUACACAAAUUAUUUACACAGGAAACAGACAAAAUCUUUAAAUCAGCUAAAUUUUGAUUUUUGAUAAAUUUGAUUCGGAAACACCUAUACCUGUUUUACAAUGAAAACAAAGCUAUAUGUAUUUCGUGUAUAAUUAUGUAUUAUAAAUGCUUGAGGUUCUUUGUAAUAAUCGAAAUGAUUUACUCCCAAAAAUUUUGUUGUGUGAAGUUAAAUGCUAUAUAAGGAUACAUGCCACACUGUAGUUAAAUGUCUUCACAAUCUAGAUGACUCUUGUAUUGUUCUUUCCCAGGCUAAUACUGUUAGUGUUGUGAUGUGUGGUUAUGAAGUGAUCCUAUUAACAUGUAGAUGUUUUAUUUACAAAUUAUUUUACACAGAUUUUCAUUUGUUAGUGCUACAUGUAUUAGUAUGAUGUGCUUAUUGUUUUGUUGGAGAUUAUUGUAAUUGGACCUUGGUAUUGUUGAUUUAGGGAUAAUCUCUCGGACUUUCAUGAUAAGAAAAAGAAACACGUGAAAUGCUGUAAAUAAUGUAGGUUAAAGGGAAAAAAAUCCAUGUGAAAGAUUGUCCCCAACCCAAAUUCCAUUAUUACAAUUUAUACAUUUUAACAUUAAAUUACAUAAAGUUUUUAUGCUCCAAAUACUGUUUAUAAUACUUGCAUUUUCUUGUUACCCACAUGAACAUACAUUGUAUAAAAAAAUGUAAAAAUAUGUGUUAAAGUUGUUGAUUUAUAUACAUUUGUUUUCUUGAGAACAUCCUGGUAACAAAAUUUAAUAUGAUUUAUUGAAAGGAAAGAGGGAUAAUCAUGGACUGUGAAGUGUUUAAGAUUAAUUAAUUGAAUCAUUGGACAGAAUGCUGUAUUGUUGAGAGGGCUUUGUGUUUACUUUUCAGCUUUUAAAAUCACUGUAUGUAGGAAGUAUACAACUUACACAAGACUUCAUUGAGUGUUUUUACCUGUUACAUAAAACAUGAUUACAUAAUUAUAAUUGUAAGAUUUUUAUGUCAGUGAGAUCCAUAGUCAGGUAUACAACCAGACAGGGGAAUCUGAAGGAUGUAGUACAUGUGUACCUGAAUGUUAGACAGGUCAUGUGACCUGAGUGAUUACACCGGUGGAUCCAAGGUUUUGUGUUUUGAAUUGUAUCAGAUUGGGUUCAGCUGCAAUAUUUACACCACACUAUCUGGACACAUUUUAUUUUUAAAAUGAAAAUGUAUUUUUCAAAAAAAUUGAAAGUAAAGAAAAAACUAGUUUUUGCGGGCAAUUGUAAAAUUAUAUGGUGUAAUUGUUUGGGAAGCAGGCUGAUUCAGUUUUGAUGAUUUGUAUUUGAAGUCUUUCUUAUCCUUUCAUGUAUAAGCCAUUUCCAAGUAUUGUGAUAAAAUGUUUUUCAUGUUCAAUAGAGUCAAUAAACUCUUUCAUAUAUA